AUGAUCCUGGAGAACGGCAAGAGGGUGUACAAAUUGUUCUUCAUCUUCACUUAUCAGCUUCCUGCUUCUACUGAUGACCCCCUCUUCAGUAUCGGAGCCGGUAACCUCAAGGUAACUCAUCUUCUUCCCUCUUUUGGGCCAUUUGAUGAGAAGAUGAGUUACCUUGAGGUUACCGGCUCCGAUACUGAAGAGGGGGUCAUCAGUAGAAGCAGGAAGCUGAUAAGUGAAGAUGAAGAACAAUUUGUACCUGAAAAAGAAGAAGUUUGGGAGAUGAGGAAAAUGAACCUGUUGCGGUUGAGCCUGUAG